CAGUGAGUGAGAAGCGAGUGACAUGGCUAAGUAGCCUUGUCUAAAGUUCUCGACCGCAACGUUUCAUCCACUGUGACCGCUCUUUGUGCCCUUGCCAGUCACGACGCUCUUAAUUGUUAUUCCAUUGUCACCAACGCCGAUUCCACUACCAAGCCUCGCUGUCGGUAACGCGGGGGUAUUUUGCCUGAUCAUUUCUUGUGUCUGCAGGGAAAAGCCAUAGUCUCGAACAACGUCAAACAAACCCAACACAGUCACUCUAAGCGCACCAACCCACCGUGAUCAAUCAUGGCUCCGAGAGGAAGGGGAGGCAAAUUCUCCAAACCAUCUCGAGGAGGCGGCAAGCACUUUUCCCGCGACCUGCAACCUCUUGACAGCGAUGGGAACCCGCUAGGCAUGUGGCGCGACCCUGCGGAAGCGAAGGAGUCAUCGGAGGAAGAAACCUCGUCUGAAGAAGAAGAGAGCUCGGAAGAAGAAUCUUCAGAUGACGGCCGCCCUGCAGCAGGUGGCUCGGCGGCGGCGGCGAGCAGCGAGAUGACGCGCGAACAACGUCGUGAGGCUGCCCGACUGCGCAAACAGGCGGCGAUUGCACGCAAGAACCAAAAGACCGCCGCACCGGGAGACAUGCCGACGUCCGAGUCUGAGUCGGACGAAGAAGACGACAAAGACAUGCCGGCCAACCCGAACCACACGUCAAAAGCCCGGACGCAGGCGCGAGCCGCCACGGGUCCCAGCGGCGAAACCACAAAGAAAGACACGGAGAACCUGAGCCGUCGUGAACGCGAGGCCCUGGCUGCUCAGCAGGCCAAGGAACGGUACCAGAAACUCCAUGCCGAGGGCAAGACGGACGAGGCUCGCGCCGAUCUCGCCCGCUUGAAACUGAUCAAGGAACAGCGCGAGGCUGCUGCCGCGCGGAAACAGGCCGAAAAGGAAGAGAAAGAGGCCCGUGAGAAGGAGAGGAGAGAGCGUGAGGCCAAACAGCGAGAGGCCGCCCUGGGCACUGGCCCGGCGAAGAAGGGUGCCAAGGGCAAGAAAUGAUCAUACAUAUCCCCGCCACCCAUCCAGGAUGCCGCAUGCUUUUAAAAAUUCGGGAUCAGGGAAAAUGGACAGACGUUGCCAGCAAGUCCUCCGGCCUAUGUAUACACUGUGUAUGGCUGCUCUGGAGACGACCGCCCCUGGGCAGUGACGAUUCAGGGGGAUGCAUGGCAAUACGACCUUGGGGUAGGACAUGGCGUGGCGUGGCAUGGCAACCCCCAUGGCCAGUGUAUGCUGGCAACUGAGGCAUCCUAUCUCGCGGUUUCUGGACUUUAUGCAUGAGCCUGCAUUGGUCUGGAGUGGAGAGUCUUGAUUGACCAAGGUAGUCCACCUAUUUUGAUCCUAUUACACUCAGCCCAGUUCUUACGAGUCAUUUGGGCCUACCCACCAAACCCUCUGAUCCUGAUUGCUCGAUAUGCAAUUGUUACACAUGCGUUUUGACGUCGUUGCAGUACCCUUGCCGCCUUGUGUUGUUUUAUUUAUACUCCUCCCCUUACCCGAGUGUGUCAAGGGAAACUUGUCGAAUAACCGCCUUUCUCAUACGUCCUGUAUCUACUCUUGUUGGCCGUGUGGUACUGACUUAAGAUUACUGCACACAGAGUCAAAAGACACGAUCCUUGAGCCCCAAUCUAGCGCCCUCAUUUCCUGCCGCUUGGGAUAUUAUGUUUUGAGCUCAAAGAAAAUACAUGUUCGCUGCCAUGAAUCGUCCAUCUAUUGAUCGUCUCGUCGCUCAUUAUGCAUUGCCAUUGCUGUCCACUCCAUCCCAUCCAUCCAUGCCAGUCUUGUUCAGUCAUUCGUUCGUUGUAUCCGAUCAUCCAUUCAUCCCAUAUCAUUAGAAGUCGCAAGAGCUCCUGUCUUUAGAACGAUGUCUACUCAU